AAGUAGAGUCCUGGGGUUAAAAUAUUACGUUAGGGGCCCGGUGCAGUGAAUAAGGGUGCGUGUUCUCUUUGAUGCUGGCACGGUUAUCCGCAAAAAAUUCUUCCCCGCAAGUGCGUGUCUAAUAUUUAGACAUGCUCUGCUUUGUGGAUACCCGGAUAUGGCUGCUGCUAGCGGCGUUACAAGCGAUACACCUCGUCAGCGGACGGGAGGAGAACCACGAGAGUACAGAUGACAGUCAGCUCACUCAUACCAUGGGCGAGAGGUUCGCUGCCCAGUACAAGGCUCCCGUAGGACCGUCUCCUCCCGGCGCCCCGGGACCCAUGGGACCACGCGGACCACCAGGACCGGCCGGUGGCUCCGGUCCGCCAGGAUACCCAGGCAGCCCCGGAGAGCCCGGCGAGAGCGGACCGAGUGGCCCAGCCGGACCUCCUGGACCUGCAGGGCUCAGCGGCAAGAACGGAGAGGAUGGUGAGCCAGGCAGGCCAGGACGGCCCGGAGAUCGGGGACUCCCAGGUGCACAGGGUCCCCGUGGAUUCCCAGGAACCCCAGGUCUCCCUGGAAUCAAGGGCAGCAGAGGAUUCAACGGCAACGAUGGAGCCAAGGGAGACACUGGCCCCGCAGGAGCCAGGGGCGAGGCUGGCACGCCUGGAUCGAGUGGAGUCGUGGGCAUUUCUGGUGGACGUGGAGCUCCAGGAGAGAGAGGCCGCCCCGGACCCAGCGGCCCGGCCGGAGGCCGUGGCAAUGACGGACAGGCCGGAGCCGCCGGGGCCCCAGGCUCAGCUGGUCCCGCAGGCGCUGCAGGCUUCCCAGGCGGCCCAGGCGCCAAGGGUGAUGCCGGUCCCCCAGGCCCCCGCGGAUCGGAUGGAGGCGCUGGCGGCCGUGGAGAGAUGGGCCCCGUGGGUCCCAGCGGCUCUCCUGGCCCUGCUGGCACGCCAGGUUCUGACGGAGCGCAGGGCCACAAGGGUGAGAUUGGAAACGCCGGCAGCUCGGGAGCUCCAGGUUUCCCAGGAGAGCGUGGGGCCCCCGGCCAGGCCGGAGGAGUUGGAGCCCCAGGACCCGUGGGAGCGAACGGCGAGGCCGGGUCACCAGGAUUCAAGGGCGAGCCCGGUGGCAGGGGAGACCCCGGCCCUGCUGGAUUCGCCGGACCCCCCGGCCCGUCAGGACCUGAAGGCCGUCGCGGCGCUCGCGGGGAGGCAGGACCGGCAGGGCCCCCUGGGCCGACUGGAGAGAGGGGGUCUGGCGGUUCUCCAGGAGCUCCAGGUGCUGACGGCCUUCAGGGUGAAAGGGGCGCUGGUGGGGAGGUUGGGCCUGGAGGCCCCGUUGGAUCCAAGGGAGAUUCUGGAGAGCCCGGCAUCUCUGGCUCAGCAGGCAUCCCCGGCGCCAGGGGUCUGACCGGCAGCCCAGGAAACCCCGGACAAGAUGGGAAGCCAGGACCCGCGGGCCCCGUCGGUGGUGACGGCAGCCCAGGCUCCGCCGGUCCCCCUGGGCCACGUGGCCAGCCUGGAGUCAUGGGCUUCCCUGGAGGCCGUGGUGCUGCGGGAGACGGAGGGAAGUUGGGAGAGCGUGGAGAUGUGGGCCCAGCCGGUGCCGUGGGCCACGCUGGCAAGAACGGAGACACCGGCGCCCCCGGCCCUGCUGGACCAGCUGGAGCUUCUGGCGAGAAGGGAGAGCAGGGAGCCGCAGGUGGCCCCGGGUUCCAGGGUUUGCCCGGCAUGUCUGGAGCUCAUGGAGAGGCUGGGUCACCAGGAGAGAAGGGAUCCCCCGGUGAGUCUGGAGGACCCGGGCCGACUGGAUCUAGGGGCGAGCGUGGAUCUGCGGGACAGAGGGGAGAGGGUGGACCUGCUGGCCCCACCGGCGCCACUGGAGCCCCCGGAUCCCCUGGAAAUGAUGGAGCCAAGGGAUCCACGGGACCGUCCGGACCUCCUGGAGGCCCCGGAGCCCCUGGUGUGCAGGGCAUGCCCGGUGAGGGAGGAGCGAACGGAAUGCCGGGACCCAAGGGAAACCGCGGCGAGCCUGGUCCAAGUGGCGCUGAUGGCGGCCCAGGGAAAGAUGGCCCCCGGGGUCUGACCGGUCCCAUUGGUUCCCCCGGAGCAGCUGGGCCAAGUGGAGAGAGGGGAGAGGGGGGCCCCCCGGGCCCCGCCGGUCCCAUCGGCAGCCGUGGAUCUCCCGGUGAGCGCGGAGAGGGAGGCCCCAGCGGUCCGUCUGGCUUCGCCGGUCCCUCCGGUCUGGACGGGCUGCCCGGUGGCAAGGGAGAACCGGGAGAGACCGGAGCCCGCGGAGAGUCGGGGGCUGCCGGCCCAGGCGGCCCCGCAGGAGGCGCCGGUCCCGCGGGUCCUGCCGGGUCAGCCGGUCCCAAGGGUGAUCGCGGUCCUUCUGGUCCAGGGGGUGUAUCUGGAUUCCCCGGCGCUGCCGGUCGCGUGGGCGCUGCCGGCCCCGUUGGAAACCCCGGGCCACCCGGCCCCUCCGGCCCCGAUGGCAAGGAGGGCACCAAGGGCCCUCGCGGAGAGACUGGGCCCCCAGGAAGCACGGGAGCUCCAGGCCCUGCUGGAGUCACAGGGCCCUCGGGCGAGAAGGGGGCGCCGGGAGACGACGGGCCCGUGGGAGCGGAAGGUUCCCCCGGCCCCUCGGGAUUGGCUGGUAGCCGUGGUGUCGUGGGUCUGCCCGGACAGCGUGGAGAGAGGGGAUUCAGUGGCCCUGCUGGUCUUGUGGGGGAGGCUGGCAAGCAAGGUCCCGUCGGCCCGAGUGGAGAGAGGGGGUCAGCCGGUCCCGCCGGUGCCAUGGGCUCCGCAGGAUCCCCCGGUGACAGUGGCCGUGACGGCGCUGCUGGAGCUGAUGGCCUGCCAGGACGUGAUGGACCUCAAGGGCCAAAGGGAGACCGUGGUCCCCCUGGCAAUGCCGGCCCCGCUGGAGCCCCGGGUGCAUCUGGUCCUAGCGGCCAGGCAGGAUCACCAGGCCGCACUGGAGAGAGGGGAGACGUUGGCCCCGCAGGGCCAUCCGGACCUGCCGGACCACCUGGACCCCGUGGCCCCGUGGGCCCCUUGGGCGGCUUGGGAGAGCGAGGGGACAACGGCGCAGCAGGAGAGAGAGGACACAAGGGCCACCGUGGAUUCGCCGGUCUUCCUGGCCCACCAGGCCCACCAGGCUUGAGCGGAGAGAGCGGCACGCCCGGCCCCGCGGGCCCUGCUGGAGCGAGGGGUCCCGUUGGUGGCGCUGGUUCCCACGGUAAGGAUGGUGCCAACGGUGCUCCUGGUCCCCUCGGUCCUGCCGGCCCCCGUGGCCGCAACGGAGAAGCUGGCGCCGCCGGUCCCCCCGGUCCCCCCGGCCCCCCAGGGCCCCCGUCCGGAGGCUUCGCCGCCGACGAGGCUCAGAACCAGGGCGAGCGCAAUCUGGAGCUGGAGGCCUCCAUCAGCUCCCUGAAUGUGCGCGUGGAGAACAUGGUGAGCCCCGACGGCUCGCAGAAGAACCCGGCACGCACCUGCCGCAACCUCAAGCUGUGCUACCCCGACCUGCCCAGCGGCCUGUACUGGAUUGACCCCAACGAGGGCUCCAAGUCGGACGCCAUCCAGGUUUGGUGCAACAUGGAGACGGGAGAGAGCUGCAUGAACGCCGACAAUCCCAGCAUCGCCCGCAAGAACUGGUGGCUCAAGCCUAGCGGGAGCAAGAAGCACGUCUGGUUCGGAGUGACGAUGAGCCCAGAUGCCCAGUUCACGUACGGAGAAGACAGCCACAGCACAGAGAUCCAGCUCACGUUCCUGCGCCUCUUCUCCACGGAGGCCUCCCAGAAGAUCACGUAUCACUGCAAGAACAGCGUAGCGUACCAGGACGGAGCCGUUGGGAACCUGCAGCAGGCGCUGCUGCUGCAAGGCUCCAACGAGAUGGAAAUCCGUGCCGAGGGCAACUCCAAGUUGGCCUACUCUGUGCUGGAAGACGGCUGCACCAUGCACACCGGCCAGUGGGGCAAGACGGUGAUUGAGUACAGAACACCCAAGACCAGCCGUCUGCCUAUUGUGGACAUCGCACCCAAGGAUGUGGGUGGCCCCGAUCAGGAGUUUGGUGUAGAUGUUGGCCCAGUUUGCUUCCUGUAAAGGGACACAGCCCUCUGUACACAUCUCCAGAACUGCUGCACUGAAAUGGUGAUUCCUGUCCAGAAACGGUCCAUCCACCCGCUUGCAUUUUGGAUUUCAUUGUGAACAAGGAACGUUCAUCUACCCCGCAGAAGCCAGCGCAAGGUGGUUUCAACUGACGCUAGUGCUUCAAGUGCCAGAAGUUUUCAUGUAAUGUUUACACCCGGUCGUGCUUUGUGCCUGUUGCGUUUUUGAGUCUCGUUAAGGUUUCCCAAAGCACGUCGAUGGGGAGUAUAGCCGUGUGUAAUAUAUACGGAUCUUAACCUGCUCGGAUUGGAGGUGCUACUUCAAAGCGUCCUCACAGAUGCAGCUACCUCAGUAAACAAAGAAAACAUUCAAGCUAUUCAGAGGGUCCCUGUGGCACUACAAACAUGAGGGUUCUAGACCAACAGUGCUGACAAUUGCAGAACUCGGAGAAUGCGUUUGGUGCUAUUUCAGGUGCUUAGUCGGCCUGUAGUCCGACCUCCUGCAUGUAAACGAAGUCGAUGCCAUUUUAUUGACCACUUUCCCAUGUUUUCCAAAAUGUGGCCUGUGGAUGACUGAUUUAUGUUUUUUACUCUCCUGUCGACCAAUUAUUUGUAGAGGACAAUGAUGGACACUUUUCAGGGCAUGAACACUAAAGUAUUUACCAAAUUUUGAUUGAGAAGAAAAAUAAUGUCAAUUCCCAAACCAUUGUUAAAUUAAAUUGAAAUAACUAUCCCUUGUAAUAUCAUCUCUCUACGCAAGAUGUUUCUCCCAUUGUCUUAUUUGUAUUGAGUUCAUGUGUUUAAUUCCAUUAAUGUUAACCAAAUCUGGGAUGUCAAUAAAAAAAUAAUAAAGAAAA